ACGUGCCUCCAGGUGGUUUCGCAGCUGCUCAGAGGAAGUGGUGAGCAGUCGGCCAUUUGUCAGCUGCGAGGAGAUGAUGAACACUGUGUUGUACUUCAGCCUUUGUGUGUUUCGUACGUUUGCCUCGCCUGAUACCAAAAAAGGAGCCGCUCUGAGAGUCCUUCCCAACAGAUCCCAGUUCUUCCAGUACGAGUCUGUCUCUCUGAGCUGUGGGCAGCAGGGAAACCCUUCUGAGUGGAGAGUUAACAGGAACACAUCCGUACACAGUAACGAAGAGUGUUUCUCAUCCUGGGAUGGAAUCGAUGCAUCCCACUGCUCCAUCGAUGCCCUUUACCCAUCAGACACCGGAGUGUACUGGUGUGAGUCUGCAGCAGGAGAGUGCAGCGAGGCCGCCAGCAUCACCGUGACCGCUGGCUCUGUGAUCCUGGAGAGUCCGGUGCUUCCUGUGACGGCGGGAGACGAUGUGACUCUGCGCUGCAGAAACAGGACGACCUCCUCCUCCUACCUCACUACCGAUUUCUAUAAAGAUGGGUUUCUCAUCAGGAGCAGCUCUACAGGAAACCUGACCAUCCACAGUGUUUCUACAUCUGAUGAAGGACUCUACAAGUGCAGCGUCCCUGGAGCUGGAGAAUCACCAGACAGCCGGCUGACCGUCAGAGCGUCAGAGCGAGCACUUCCUGUAAUGUCCGUCCCCAGGCUGAUGUGGCAUGUGGUCGUGGGGACUCCUUACCUGCUGUCCACCAUCGUGCUGGGACUCAUUUACAGAGACAACAGGAGAGCGCGCCAGCUCGUUGCAGAAGACGGACGCCAUCGUGUCGUCAUGGAGGUGGAAUAGAUAACCACACACAGAUACUGAAUAUUAUAACGUUUAUAAGGGACCGUGCUACACUUAAGUUGCCUGUGACAAAGCGAGCACAUUUCAUUACAGGUUAACUCGAUGUGCUUUACAUUAAAGUGAUUAUAAUAUAUAACACUGACAAACACGCACAACAGCUAAUCACAAGCCGGAGAAAACGCAAAGGUUUUCACUUUACUUUUGAAUGUGCACAUGACAGACCUCAGGUGACCAAAGUAGCCAAAAGCACCUUCACCUGGAUCUUACAGGUACAGUCAGAAAACCACCACCUGAUGACCUGAGAGCCCCGGGCUGCAACGUAAUCAGUGAGCGGGAAAUGUAGCGGGGAGCCAAACCAUUAAGUGCUUUAAAGACUACAACUGGGAGCAAAUGAAGUGAAUUAAAACAGUUUCACACAGGAAGCUCAGUGCAGAACGGUGAUGGGAGGAAGAGAGGAGGUGCGUUCAGGUGCGACGCUGCUUCUCACAGGUGAACGGCAGUUUACUGGUAUUCUCACACUCAUUGUUUGUCAGAAAGAAAUGACUGAAUGCUGUAAGAUAGAGGAUGCUACUGUUUAGCCCUGCAGUUAAACAAUACGCAGAAGUUUUGUUGUUUUUAUUCUUUUUUGUCUUGUGAUUAAAAUUUUUUAUUUUUAUCAUCGCGUUUUCAUUUAAUUCCCAUGUGCAGUUUGACGCAGCAGAGAGAGAGAGAGGAAAAAAAUGAAACGGAAAGCAAUAAAUAUAUGAAUAAACGAAUAACUAAACUUUCCGUGGCUCAGAGUUAUGUAAAAAUGGAAAACGAAGGGGUAAAAGGAGGAGAAAACGAAACAAAAAAACAGCA